GACGGCGCGAGGCUGUCGCGGCAGCUGCAGAGGCCCCCAGCGCUGCUGCCGCGGCAGACGGAGCCGCCGCAGGGCGGGCCCGAGAGGGUGAGCCCGCUGGUGCUGGCCGGCGUGGCCGCCACGGCGGGGAGGUCGGGGAGCCCGCCCGCCACGUCGAGGAGCCCCGCCACGUCCAGGAGCCCCACGAUGCGCCGCUUCCCCUCCAGCACGCAGCGGCAGGAGGCGGCGGGGCGCCUGUCUGGCGCGGCCUUCCCCAGCAUCUCGAGCUCCGGCGUCCCCGCGCCCGUCGGCGCCGGCCUCAGGUACGUGCUGAGCAGGGAGAUGAGCCUGGGGUGCUGGCCGUACUUCAAGAAGAAGUUUGGGAUGUUUUUUGCUGCUUCUGACUUCGUGGACGUGGCCACGGACGGGAGCGUGCUGUGCAUCACAGCGUGCAAGCUGGACACCAAGGAGGUGGUCGAGCUCGUCGUGAGCGAGGAGAACCACCUGAGACUCCUGGAGGCUGCGAACGGCGACUACGAGGAGAUCAUGGCGGGCCUCCGCAUGAGAGGGGGUGCGCUGGUCCUCGAGCCACCAGAGGCGUCUCCAAAGCGGGCUAGCUCCAGCUACAGGAAGGACCGCAACAUUUCAAAGAAAAUGGGCUCAUCUGACUCAGUCCGGUACGUGUUGUCAAGGGAGAUGACUCUGGGGUUUUGGCCCUAUUUCGUAGAGGUGGCUACGGACGAGAAGGUCCUGUACAUAUCGGCGUGCAAAAUGGACACCAGAGAGGUCACCGAUCUUCUCGUGAGUGAAGAGAAUCACGCGAAACUCCUGGAGGUUGCGAACGGCGACUACAAGAAGAUCUUAAAGGGCCUCCGUAUGGACGCAGGAGGACAUGCCCGACCUCAGCAUGGCGAGCCAGUCGACGGGCGAGAAGCUGUCCCAGACAACAUCUUCCGCCGCUCUGGGCGCUUGCUCCCAGACGGAUCAGAGCCGACACGUGCGACACCCGACGGCCUCGGCCCCUCUGAAGCGGCGGACGCCCUCUUCCGGUGUGGCGGACGCCCCUCCGAA